ACAGUCGGCAAGAUGGCAGCCGGUCUUAGCAGUACUGACAGAUCCUCAACAGAUCCUGUUUCCAGCACGUGGGAUGCCUGAUCUAUCGUGUGAAACAUCAUCCACCUCAAACCCGGAACUGUAUCUCCUAGCUCUCCACAGCAGUUCCGUCUCCCGAUUCGCCACGCCCCAGUUCCAUUAUCGACGACCGAAUUACCAAUCUGUACCGACCUGGUAUUGACGCAGGUAGUGUCCUCGAGCGUCUGUGCGGAAACCGGUACUCGUAACCACAUAGUAAAUAAUUAUGUACUGUGUUAAUCAUCAAGCUUUGUGUUUUGUCGUCGAAAGCCUUGGCCCUGUUUCACGGGAAAUCAAUGCCAGUGACAUUGCUGUGUUCAGCGGUUGUGUUUGAUCAUCCGGAGUGUGUGAAUCACGAAGUAUCAGCGCUUGUUUCUACACGAUACUACGGAGUGUAUGUUAAAAUCAGCAGCCCACAAUGUGUAGGUUGUUUGUGAACAUUUACUGAAACGAGUUCCCCUUGUCCACCAUCGACAGUUCUUCGCCAUGACUCGGAGGAGGAACCUACGGAAGCCCAACUUGGAGGCCAUGAGAGCCGCGGUAUCGGGGGGCAACCAAGUCAUGAGACCUCUGUCCCCUGGCGAGGCUCCUCCCCCGGGGGGUCAGGUGUACACCCUGAGGAGAGAGGACCCCCUCCAGGAUGCGCUGUUUCCAAGAUGGAGUCCUGUGUUGGUGGCGGUUGUCACGUUCGUAUUACGGGUGGUGUAUGUGUGUCAGAAGAAGAACUGGUGGGUGCUCCACCCGGAUGAGGUGUUUCAGGGGCUGGAAGUGGCCCACUCCGAGGUCUACGGUUACGGCUUCCGGAUGUACGAAUACCUUCCUCCUCCUGACAGCGUCUUGACGACGGCAGAAGACCAGGAGAACACCCUCGGCUUCUACAGCCUCCGCUCCUUCCUCUACCCACACAUCUACACCAUCUGCUUCGCCAUCGUCGGCCUCUUCAACUCCAACCUCAACCUCUUCCUGGUAGGUCGACUCAUCCACGUGGGCGUGUCGUCGUCUCUGCCCCUCGCAGUCUACCGUCUCUGUGACGUCGUCUACGGCAGCCACGACGUCGCCGUCCUCGCAGCCGUCUUCGUCUCCAGCUCGCUGCACCUCACCAUCUUCGGCACACACACCCUCAUCAACAGCUUCCUAUCCCCAAUCUUCAUCUUCUGUUUAGCAGAAGUGCUCUCUGCUAUCAAACUGUCCCCAUCAGUCAUUCCCAAACCCGCCCCUGGCAUUCAAAAUGGCGGAACCCAACCAAAGGACAAACCUGCCGCCGACGCCAGUGUCAAGGACGUAGGGGCUAAAGGUAAAGAGGUUGUUUAUCUAAACGUGGCACCUCGAAGACUCAGAUAUGCUCUUUGUGGAUUUAUUCUAGGAGUUCUGUGCUACCUGCGGAUUGACCUAGCCAUGUUUCUAGCUGUGUCGGUGACUGGUUGGCUUAUUGUCUGCGUGAGAGGUAAGGACCACCAGAAGGUGGUAAUGUCCUCACUCCUAACACUGACCCUCGGCGCUGUCUGUGCAAUAUUACUAGGCGGCUGUGUGGACUUCGUGUACUUCGGCUGGUUCUUCUUGUCCCCAUACCAAUGGAUUAACUUCAACGUCUUGAACGGCCUCGCAAACAGAGUAUUCGGGAAAGGACACUUUCUGGAUUAUCUGAAGAAUCUAAGCGCAGUACCAUCAGCAGUGUUCCUGAAUCUGUGCACAUUAGGAAUAACACCCGUGUUGUGUUGGUCGCAUCACAAGAAGCUCGUGAAGUUCCGGACCCCCGUGUUAUUCCUUCUAGGCACGUUAAUGAUGCUCUUCACCGCCUACAGCUUCCAGAGUCACAAGGAAACUCGUAUUCUCCACAACGUGUUUGUACUACAGGCCAUGGUUUGGGCAGGUGCAGUGCAUUCAUCUCUUGCUGCUCUGGGUUCUGGGAGAGCUCUGCCUCUCCGACGAAUCUCCUAUGUUCUGGUGACAUGUGUAGUGAUAUUACAAGCAAAUGACUGCUACAAAAACUUCCCCAGCUCAUCUGACAGAUCAAACGCAAACUGGGCCUUCAAUGGUCUUUGGGAAUCUGGUAAUGUGAACGAAUGCCUUGACUACGUGAGGCAGCAGAAUGACGUCACUGGUUUGUUCCUCGAUUAUACUGUCUACGGAAUAGGGGGAUUUUCCGUCCUACGUAAAGACGUGCCCCUGAUAGCUCGAGUUCAUCACGAAUACCACGAAUUCGACCCGAAGCACCUUCCAAAUUACAGACAAAAUAUCGACCCGAAAUUGAGACUAGUUAACAGACUUGCUGACAUCAUGCAUGUGAAACACAGUAGAUACAUACUGGGGAGACUUAUCAACAGCACCCAGUACAACUACAUCAUUACAAAGAACGUCCGCAGAUUCCGAUCUCUGGCCUUCACGAAUGUGUACAACGCUUCGGACUUCAGAGUGCUGAAAUUCUUGCCCCGGAAUCCAAACGCUACGAUCAUCAGCAGACUCAGGUUGAUGAAGGAACUGCAGUCAUUUCCAUUUGAUGGAGAUGCUUCUAUAUUAGAAUUUGAAGGAUCUUGGUUGUUUUCUGUUGGAAGCUAUAAGAAGGCGGUUGACCGCCUCCGUGCCGCCAUCAUCGUCAACGCCAGUCGUAUCCGGCCGUUCCAGCUGAUGAGCCUGUCGUACAGCAACAUGGAUAUGCUUCAGGAAGCUGCUGAUGCUGAACAGCAGUGCUUUGCCCUCCACUCCUUCGGUAAAUGUAUCGAGCCCCAGGGGCGCCUUGUGCUCAGCCCAGACUACAGCUUGGAUAUCUGAGAGACCUAGCUAUUGUUUCAAUUACAGCUAGGUAGAUCUGAGGAGCCAAGCUGGUGUUUCAGUUACAUCUUGACUAUUUUAUACAUCAAACUGAUGGUUUCAGUCAUAAUGUGAAUAUCUUACACGCCAAGCUUGUGUUUCAGAUGCAAAUUGAAUAUCUUACACUCCAAGCUUGAACAUCUGUAUACGCCCAGCUUUUGUUUCAGUUACAUUUUAAACAUCGUACACAAGAACCAAACUAAUGUUUCAGUUACAAUUUCAACAUCGUACACACCAAGCUGAUGUUUCAGUUACAUUUUGAACAUCGUACACAAGAAGCUUAUUAAUGUUUCAGUUACAUUUUGAACAUCGUACACAAGAAGCUUAUUAAUGUUUCAGUUACAUUUUGAACAUUGUACACACCAAACUAAUGUUUCAGUUACAAUUUGAACAUCCGAAUAGCCAAGCUGGUGUUUCAGUUACAAUUUGAACAUGUGACUUUAAGCUGGUGUUUCAGUUAGCUGCAGUAUAAAACGGCAGCGGAUCCGCAUUGUUCCAUGUAAUUAUUAGCGCCGUGCAUGACGUUAUUCCUGAAAUUUAACAAAGAUGUUGUCUAUGUGUUUGCUAGUGGAUGCGGUUCUGGACAUCAUCCGUUGUUUGUACAGAAGCAAACUUUCAUUCCAAAAUAUUUCAACCUUCAACUCCAACCAGGACUUAGUGUUUUGCGCUAACAAAUACACCACGCCUGUUGAGUACAUUUACUGGCAUGAAGAAGACAAUCCAAAAUCAAUAUGACUUCGACUCUUGGACAGUUAGUCUGGAAUUGGCAGGCCUUUCAAACACUGAAAGGGCGGUGGGGUAGCCUAGUGGUUAAAGCGUUCGCUCGUCAGGACGAAGACCCGGGUUCGAUUAUACCUCAUGGGUACAAUGUGUGAAGCCCAUUUCUGGUGUCCCCGCCGUGAUAUUGCUGGAAUAUUGCUAAAAGCGGCGUAAAACCAUACUCACUCACUCACUCACAACAGUGAAGAAGUGUCGUUUUCUGUCUGUGAUCACUUGUUAUUUCGUUGUAUUUAUAAUAUUUAUCAACCUAUGAAUGUUUGUUUGUAUGUCACAAAGCCGUCCAUCGAAAAUACAUGCAUUCCGUCCACAGAGUAAAAACUGUAAAUUGUGAUUAAAUAAAUACUUUCCUUUGAUUAUUGUGA